CACACUAGUUCUUCCGCUGAAGUGGGGAGACUGUAUAAGCUUCACUGUUGCUGUCUCAACCCAUCCCCGUUUAUUCUAUCCAACUCCGAACCACCACCUAAAAUAACGGAAUAAUGCAAAACAAUGGCAUUUGCUGUUGCCUGCCUGACUGUUUACGAAGAUCUUUGAAUGUAAAUGUGUAAUUACAUCUUACCCUUUGCCUUUAAAAAAUGCCUUUUAUUCAAAAUAAAUCCAUCAAUGAAGCACCCGCCGCUUCUAAAUCUCUUAAUGUAGAGCGAGAGGAGGUUGAAUAAUUUUUUUUUUAGAAGCAACUGCUGUGGAAUUGCACUUGCUUUUCUCGAAAGAGAGAAAGAAGGAGAGGGAGAUCAAGAAAGAGUUGUCGAAAUGAAAUUUUGUCCCGUUUCUCGUUUUUCGCUGUUGGUUUGCUCUUUGAGUGCAUGGCUGCUUUGCUAUGGAGAGCCGUCUGGAAUCAGGGUCCCUCUGAAAAAUGACAUCGGGAUCUCCAGCAGGAUGCCCAGAGCUGCUGAAACUGAUCGGAGACAAAGUAUCAAUUUUAUGGAAAUGAUUGAUAACCUAAGAGGGAAAUCCGGGCAAGGGUAUUAUGUGGAGAUGACGAUCGGAACACCUCCUCAGAAGCUGAACAUUCUGGUGGACACGGGUAGCAGCAACUUUGCCGUUGGUGCAGCCGCGCAUCCAUUCCUGAAGAGGUACUAUCGUCGCAAUCACUCUGGCACUUACCGAGACCUGAGGAAGAGUGUCUACGUUCCCUACACCCAGGGCAAGUGGGAAGGGGAACUUGGGACAGAUGUUGUCAGCAUUCCACAUGGUCCGAAUGUCUCCGUCAGAGCAAACAUUGCUGCCAUCACAGAGUCUGAUAAAUUCUUCAUCAACGGCUCCAACUGGGAGGGGAUACUGGGACUGGCAUAUGCUGAAAUUGCCAGGCCUGAUGAAAACCUGGAACCCUUCUUUGAUUCACUAGUGAAGCAGACCCAAGUCCCCAACAUCUUCUCACUGCAGUUGUGUGGAGCAGGCUUUACCCUGAAUGAUACGGAUGCAGCAUCGUCUGUGGGAGGAAGCAUGAUAAUAGGUGGAGUUGACUCUUCCCUGUAUCUGGGCAACAUCUGGUUCACACCAAUCAGGAAGCAGUGGUACUAUGAGGUCAUUAUAGUCAAGAUCGAGAUCAAUGGACAGGACCUGAAUCUGGACUGUAAGGAGUACAACUACGACAAGAGCAUCGUAGACAGUGGAACUACCAAUCUCCGGCUGCCCAAGAAGGUCUUCCAGGCUGCAGUGAAAUCCAUCAAGGCUGCGUCUUCUACGGAGAAGUUCCCUGAUGGAUUCUGGUUGGGUGAGCAGCUGGUGUGCUGGCAGGUUGGCACCACGCCCUGGCACAUCUUCCCUACAAUAUCGCUGUACCUCAUGGGAGAAGCCACCAAUCAAUCUUUCCAAAUCACUAUCCUACCACAACAAUAUCUACGUCCAGUAGAAGACGUGGCCACCUCACAGGAUGACUGCUACAAGUUCGCCAUCUCUCAGUCCACCACAGGAACUGUGAUGGGAGCUGUCAUCAUGGAGGGCUUUUACGUAGUCUUUGACCGUGCCCGAAAGCGCAUUGGAUUUGCGGUUAGCACCUGUCAUGUGCACGAUGAAUUCCGUUCAGCCACAGUGGAGGGUCCCUUCUUCAGUACAAACAUGGAGGACUGUGGCUACAACAUUCCACAGACAGAUGAAUCAACACUGAUGACAAUUGCGUAUGUGAUGGCAGCCAUUUGUGCUCUCUUCAUGCUGCCCCUGUGCCUGAUGGUGUUUCAGUGGCGCUGUAUCCGCUGCCUUCGCCGAGAGCACGAUGACUUUGCAGAUGACAUAUCGCUGCUGAAGUGACAGUGCAAGAACUCUUCAGGAUGGAAGAACACUUUUCUUCAUUUUUUAAAACACAAGGUGGUUUACAGUGCUGAACAGAAGGGCAGGUGUGUAGAGUAAUGAAGUCAAAAGCCAUGUAGCUGCUUUGAGACUGAACAACAAUUGUAGCAUUUACAAGGUAACUUCCCACUUGUACCCGCCUUUCCUCAUCGAAUAGUCAGAUCAUCCAAGACCUGUGACCAGAUACCCACAGGUGAGAGAGUUGGGCAACUCAAAAGGUACGCAAAUCCUUCUACACAUGCAACAUCAAAUUUAAAGUUCACCAAGACAUCUCCAAGAGAAACUGUAAAUAAUAAUCCAUAAAAAUAUUUUUUAUGUUUAAUUCCUCAUCUUGGGUCACAACUAAUCGUAUAUUCCACGGGACUAAUGGAAAACAUAUGAGCAAUAGAGAUGAUUGUUAAUUACUGUUCUGUGAUUUAUGGCAUGUGUAACCCUAGUGUGGCCACUAUUUCCUAUAAAGAGUGCAAUAUGGUUUUACACUAUCAACACUUUUACAUGACUAUAAGGAUAGCAUCAACAUUUAAACUGUGGAAAUGUGAUGUAUACAUUACACAAUUGCAUAUUUAAUAUUCAGCAUCAUCAUUUACAGGAUAGCUAUGGACCAUUUUACAAUGGCAAUGAUCAUGCAAGCCCAUUUGCCUUUGCAUCCAAAAGUACUUUCCAGUGGACGCUGGCCCAUCCUUAGCACUUGAGUGAAAAGAUAACCAUUUGGGGUUCUUGACCAAAACCAGAUAAUAAAUUUCAAUGGGUAAUCUGAUCACUGGAUUUCACCACUGCUAAGCCCAACAGUGUUAACUUCCCAGUUUAUACAUCACACAUUGCUAUUAAAAUCCUGGACAACAGUUGACCUGUCAUUUUUGGAACAGCCAAUUUGAAAGGUAGAGAGACACAAGAGACUGCAGAUACAGGAAUUUGCUACAACAUACAAUCUGCUGAAUGGACCAAGCAGGUUGAGCAGCAUCUGUGAAGUUGCGGGGUGGAAGAAGAAUUUUUAUCUAUUUAUUUAGAAAUACAAUGCAGACAGGCCCUUCGAGCCACACUGCCAGGAGCCUACUGAUUUGGCCCUAGCCUAAUCAUAGGGCAACUUACAAUUAACGUACUAACCAAUAUGUCUUUGGAUUGUGGAAGGAAACUGGAGCACCCACCGGAAACCCAUGCAGUUCACGGGAAAACAUAGAAACUCGUUAUAGAGAACACCGAAUUUUCGACACCCUGAACAGUAAUAGUGUUGCAUUGACCGCUCCAACUCCACCACAAGUGUCGCUGUGCUUUCAGUGCCUACAUAUGCCCACAAUUUCCCAACCCUACCCCAUGUCUUUGGAAUGUGGGAGGAAAUCGGUUCACCCAGAGGAAACCCACACGGUCACAGUGUGAACGUACAAACUCCUUACAGCGGCAGGAACUGAACCCCAUUUUACAGCUGCUACUGUAAAGUGUUAAUCUAACCACUAUGAUGUUGUGCCACUAAUUGUAAGCAAAGGUCUGCUUUUAGUUAUUCCAAAAUGAAUUAUGAAACUUAAACAUAGACAGCAGAACCAGGACUUGUAAACACACGAGAUUCUACAGAUGCUUGAAAUCCAGAACAACACACACAAAAUACUGGAGGAACUCAGCAGGUCAGGUAGCAUCAAUGAAGGGGAAGAAAUGGUUGCUGUUUUGGGUCAAGGCAUAUGCACAAGUAUGUAUUAGCAGGACUUUUCAUCAGCUGUGCUACACGCUAUUUUUAGCUUGGCUUUUCCAAACAUGAGAGGUCAACUGUUAUCCGGUGUAACUUCUUGUAGUUUCUCCAGUAAUCAGAGCAUUUCAGAUAUAAACCAGCAAGCAAACAUUGAAGUGUUUGCCAACAACCUCUGCCUUAUUUCCAUGGAUACCAUAUCUUACACCUAAUCUGUCUUCUUUCUUUGAAAGAAUUACAUCCACCAUUUGUCUCACAGGAUCUCCUGAAGAACUUCACACAAAAACAGCACUUCUUUGAGUAAUAGACUAGUGAACAUGACAGAACAAAUCUGCACACAGCAAGUUCCCAAUAUCAUAAUAAUCAGCUACUUUAUCUCAUUUUGGUAAUGAUGUUUGGAGGAAUACCAUAGUACAUUUCAAAAUUCUGUUGUGGAAUCUGUUAAAAAUGUCAGAAUACAGGCUGGGGCUUGAUUUAAUGUGAACUUGUGAAUCUGUCAUUGUGCUCAAGUCUCUAGAGCAGAAUUCAAACCUGGAUGCUACAUACUCUGAAACAAAUGUUCUGUUAACCGGGCAAUGACUUACAUUAACAUCGAAGAGACACAAGAGACUGCAGAUGUUGGAAUCUGGAGCAAAAAAAAUUGUCAGAGGUUCUCACAAGGUUGAGCAACGUCUGUGGAGGGAAAUGGCAAGUCGCUGUUUAGUUCAGAUUAAGAGUCUUGAUUUAAAAUAUCAACUGUCCAUUUUCCUCCAUGGAUGCUGUCUGACCUGCUAAUUUCCUGCAGCAUUUUGCUUUUUUUUUGCUGACAUUAACACAUACACUGUUUAAGUAACCUUCAGUUGUUAACUUGCUUAUUUUUUUAAACCACAUAUCAAACUGGUGACAGACUUAAAGUAGACAACAUCGUUCCAGCCAUAUCUUUCAUAAAAUACAUUGCAAAUUGAGGAUUAAAGCAAUGAUGGCAACACAAUCUGCUUAUGUUAAUUUGCCUCCUCAUGAUUCUCAUCUCAUCUUCAGUAUUUGUCAGUGUUGGCAUUCAUGAAUUUUUUUUUUGCAAUUACUUUCAAAACAUGUUCAACAGAACCAACAGCACAUUAAGUGAACUGCACACUCAUGAAUAGUUGGAGGCCCCAUUACUGCAAAUCUCAGAAGCAAGAGGGUGUUCUUGGUCUCAGGGUGGCUGCUCAGUCUGCCUAUAAUUUAGUUAUUUAUUUAUUUAAAGAUACAGUGCCAAGUAGGCCCUUCUGGCCCUUUGAGUUGCACUGUCCUGCAAUUUUGACAACCCUGAUUUAACCUUAACCUAAUCAUGGAACAAUUUACAAUGACCAGUUAACCUAGCUGGCAUGUCUUUGGACUGUGGGAGGAAACCGGAGCACCCACAGAAAACCCACAUGGGAAGGACGUACAAACUCUUUACAAGUAAUGCUGGAAUUGAACUCUGAGCUCUGACAUCGCAAGCUGUAAUAGCAUCGUGCUAACCACUGCGCUACGAUGAUACCCACGGUAGAGUAUAAUAUCGUCUACUAACAGAGAAUGUAGAACAUUACAGCACAAUACAGGCCUUCAGCCCACGAUGUUGUGUUGACCUUUUAAACUACUCUAAGAUCCAUCUAACCCUUCCCUCCCACAUAACCCUCCGUUUUUCUAUCAUCCACGUGCCUAUCUAAGUGUUUCUUAAAUAUCCCCGACGUACCUGCUUCCACCACCACUUCUGGAAGCGCAUACCACAUAUCCACCACUCUGUUUAAAAAAAAAUCCUACCUCUGACAUACCCCCCCCCCCCAUACUUUCCUCCAAUCGCCUUAAAAUUAUGGCCCCUCAUAUUGCUGCUUGGGAGAAAGUCUCUGGCUGUCCACUGGAUCUAUGCCACUCUUGUACCUCUCUAUCAAGUCACCUCUCUGCUCUCUAAUCCAUGCAGCAUCCUGGCAAACCUCCUCUGCACCUUCUCUAUAACUAUCUACUAAAAAAUAAGCUAAACAAACUCAUUCACAUACUGAAUUUUUUUUUGUGUGGUUGCAACCCAAAACUCGCUCAAGGAAGUGCUAUUAACUGCAUCUUAAUAUCAUUUUGUAUGCUGCCUGUGCUUGCUUGUGAUCAGAGGGAUAGAAAGAAAGGAAGAAGGUUGUGAAGAGAAUUUGGAGAGGAGGCAGAGCAGCAAGAGUGAACAGCAUAGGAGGACAGGACAAUAACCUUACAAAGUGUCUGAUAGAGAGAGAUUCCAGUUGGAAGCAAAAGCACAGAACCACAAAGCAAGAUGACAGAGACAAUCUCACACACCAACUGACAGCAAACUAGAGGCAGUGGACAGUGUGAUGGGGGGGGGGGUGAUGUGGGACAAGAACAAUGAGUGCAAAGUAGAAUACAAUGACAGAAGGAGAGUGGAAUAGAAUAUACUCAAUGAAUGGUUGAUUCAAUGGAGGCAGGUUACUGAUCCCGCAAGAAAUUUAGCAAAAGCAAGUCAAUAGCUUUCAUCAGGAAUGCAAAACAAAAAUAUGACAGUCAAAUAAUGAUUCAUAUUCCCUAUUGGUGGGUCCUCAUGUGGCUCUAGAAGCCGAUCUGGGAUCCAUGUAUUCUGGUGCUGUGUGGGCAAGAGUAAGUGGCUCAUAAUUUAAAAAAAACCCAAAAUGGACAGGGUCUAGAAAUUCAAAUUCUUGUACCCAAGUCCAGAAAGUCAAUAUUCUACUUCAAAGUGCCAUCAUUUUUCUUUUAGGAUAACAAUAAUAAGUCACCUGCAGCUAAUAUUUAUGAGUCAUGACCAGGCCUCUCUGCAAAGACAAAACCUACAGUUUUAGUUUAAACAAGCAACUGCAGAAAUUCCCUAACAAAUGGGUCCAAAGUUUUAAAUUACAUCACUGCUUCUUAAGCAAUAAUCAUCAGUUUUAAAGGGAAACACAGGUUAAACAAAGCUUCAGUUCACCUGCUAAACUUCCUUUAAAUGUGAUCCCGAUCCAAGAUUCUCCCAGGAGGUCAUAUUCUUAAACGAAAAGAGCAGCUCAGUUCCUGCACCUGCUGAAUGAUUAUGCUGAGUUGUGAAAAUUUACAUUUGUCAAGACAUAAAAGUCUCUGAGACAGUUAUUUUCAUCUCAGAGGGGUUGUAAACUUCAGUCUAAAUUUUAGCAUGCUUAAUUAAGAAAUUGCAGCAAACAUGUUAAAAUAAAUUAAACCUACAAACAGGUUAUAAAUGCAGAUUCUUCUUUUCUCAUUUCCAUCAAGUUUUCCCUCCAGAUUCCUUUUGAUUUACAGGGAAUCUACUGUACAUAUUAAAAAGAAACUAAUUAAAUCUUUCUCAGCUUGAUUUCAGCUCAAAUGGUACCAACUAACACUCAUCUGAAGCUGUCAAUUUUAUGGUAAGUACUAGCAGUGUGAUCACUCGAAUCGGGUAUGCUAAGGAAUUGCCUAUUGGUGGGUCCUCAUGUGUCUCUAGAGGCUGAUCCAGGAUCCAUGUGUUCUGGUGCUGUGUGGGCAAGAGUAAGUGGCGGCUGUGGUUCGUGGUUGGGUCUUUUCGUUUUUCAGUCUCUCUUCUCACAGGUGCCGCUUGUUCUCUGUGACACAGCGGAGGUUGUUCUCAUGAGGUACAGCUCCAUCUUGAACAGAUUUCAACCAGGUGUAUCUAUUGAGUGCAGUGUCUUCCCAGUGUUCAGAUUAAAGUUGAAUGUCUUCAAGCUGAUUUUGAUGUCAUCUUUGAAGCAUUUCCUUAGCCCACCAGGGGCUCCCUGACCUUCCUUCAACUGGGAGUGACGGAUCUGUUUGGGGAGAUGUGAGUUAGGCACCCGGAUGACAUGGCCUAUCCAUCGGAGUUGGUGUCAUUGUAUCGUGGUGCAGGUGCUGUUCAUGUUGGCCUCCUCCUGUACAUUGAUUUUAGUAUGUGUCAUGGUAAUACAGCCUUUUCCAAUAUGGUCCACUGUUUUUCCCCCGCAUAGGUUAUACAGAGAUCUCAUCUUCCUCCACUGUAU